GCAGAGCCGCUCGCCUGUGCGCGUUUGGCCAAGGCGAGAUUUGCGACCUGCGCCGUGUGUGGAUCGCAGCUGUGAUCGGGCCAGUGGGGCGCGAGAGCCAGUUAUUGUGUCCUUCUGGCUUUGCUGCCGCUCAUAGCGAGAUCCCUGUCCUCUGACCGGCCUCGGCACAGCAUCCUUAAAUAAACAGGCUGUAGCGGCUCCCGUGAGAGGGAAGAUUCUGAUCCUGGGUUUUCUGCCAGUGCAGCUCCAUUGACGCUGCGGUGGAGUUGUUUGGGAUGUAUAGCGAUGCAACAAAUAGAGGAUCUUCGGGUAGAUGGCCGUGGCUGUGAAGACUAUAGAUGUAUUGAAGUGGAAACAGAUGUUGUAUCAAACACAAGUGGAUCUGCAAGAGUGAAGCUUGGACAUACGGACAUCCUGGUAGGAGUCAAAGCUGAAAUGGGAACACCGAAGUUGGAGAAUCCAAAUGAAGGAUACCUUGAAUUUUUUGUUGAUUGUUCAGCAAAUGCCACUCCUGAAUUUGAAGGCCGGGGAGGAGAAGAGCUUGCCACAGAGAUAGUAAAUACGCUCUACAGAAUAUUUAGCAGUGAGAGCACCAUAGACGUGAAAUCCCUUUGUAUUAAUCCCAGAGAACACUGCUGGGUUCUCUAUGUUGAUGUUUUGUUAUUGGAAUGUGGUGGCAACCUCUUCGAUGCAAUCUCUAUUGCAGUGAAGGCAGCUCUCUUUAAUACAAGGAUACCCAAAGUGCGUGUUUUGGAGGAUGAAGAAGGAUCAAAAGAGAUUGAGCUCUCUGAUGACCCUUAUGACUGUAUUCGACUUAAUGUGGAUAAUGUACCCUGUAUCAUCACAUUAAGCAAAAUUGGUUGUCGGCAUGUGGUUGAUGCUACCCUUCAGGAAGAAGCUUGCUCUUUGGCCAGCCUGCUCCUUUCUGUGACCAGCAGAGGUACCUUCACAUGUAUGAAGAAAUUGGGGAACGGUAGUCUUGAUCCAGAGAGUAUCUUUGAGAUGAUGGAGACAGGAAAACGGGUAGGCAAAACAUUGCACGCUUCCCUACAGAAGAUCUUAGACAAAGAAGAGAGUCUGGGGACAACACGACAGAAGGUUGGAUUCCUAGGAUGAUGAGUUUCAUCAAUGCAGAUAUAAAUUUUCAAGUUAUUUUUCAAAGCAUGAUCUUGUCAAUUUGUAUGUGAAAUAAAGGAUAUUUUUGGUUUUAA